AUGGCGGUCGUUGCGAGAAUACAAGAUUAUGGCUCAAGGACAAAGCCGUUUCUCGGCGGAUGGAGGAAUACCGUUACCGGCUUGAUCUAUCAUAAUGCCUGCACGCAGACACGCAGCGGCGCCGACGGCGGGACGAGGAGCAGGAUCACGCAGACCGUCGCGGUCGUGGACACGGUCACCGAUGUCGUUCACGACCAGGCGGUGCAGGUGGAGGCGAUGCAAUUUUUGCCCGAUAUACGUGACAAAAUUAUCGCGCCUGGAAAUUCUUCCUUCGGGAAAUUGCCGGCGUCAGUCGAAGAAGUCAAAUCGUCAUCCCGCCAGAAAAAUAGUAGAAUUCUUGACAGCGUCGUUAAAAUACAGAAAUGUUAUAGGGCUUAUCGAGCUAGAGUGGCGGCUAGAGCAAACGCUCUCGAAGUGAUUCAUGUUGCUCAACGUGAUGAAGCGAACGUGACCGAGCACGCAGGACGUUCUCAGGCGCUGUCCGUCUACAGCGCCACGGAUUUCGUGAUACUGAAUCGUUGCCCGCCGCGUACGAGCUCCGACUUCGAGUCGCUCUACAAUCUCCUGGACCGUUGGCAAAUCCUCGAGACCGAGCGAGCGAGUCUCACGCUUCUCGGGUCAUCGAGGGUCGCCAACUGCGGCCUGAUUCUGUCGAAGGAGGUCGAGCUGUUGCGCGCCAUAGACUCCAUGAAGACCGCUGUCCGUCUCAAGUAUAGAGAACAGAAGCGACAUCGAUUUCUGGACGAGUUAUCCAGACCGAUCACCUGGCAGGACAGUCGAGGUCGACCGAUCCUGGUCGACACCCUGCGCAUUCAGCGAGCUCGCCAGCACAAGAAUGUCUACGCCUCGCUGUCGAACGAGAACUUGUCCAUCCCGGAACGGAUUGACUUGUUGCACGACCUGAAAUACAUCGCCGAUAUGCACACGUGCAGCCAGUCACACGAGCUCGUUUACUUGAUCGACCAAGAGCUGGAUCUUUUAAUGUGUCGCGUGGACACGAGCAGACUCAACUGGCUUAGGAAUCGACUGAAGUUGAGCUUCCUCAGACUGGCGCGCAACACUCUGCAAGGCGAUAUUGAGGAAGACGCGCAUCUGUUCGACUGGUCAGACACCAGCAUCACGCGCCUCUGUAGGACCUGCGGCAGGCUCUUAUCUUUGGAAAAGUUCCCCCGCGAACGGCGAUUGCGCUCCUCUUCUUGCGUCUAUUGCACGUCCAUGCGAACCCGGAAAAGCCCUCGCAUCGUGUACGAGCCCUACGAGAGGAUAUUGUGGGAAGUCAGACGUUUCGAAGCCAGGAUGGGUUGCUACGGCAGUCUGGCCUUCGUGGUCGGAGCUAAGGUCAUCUGUCGCCUGGUGAAUAAAGUCUGGCACGGUAGGUCAGGCAUCUCCGAGUGCGACGACCUCGACGAGCUGAGACUGACUCGCUUUCGACGCGAGCACGAAUGGGCACCCUGGAAUUCUCUGUUAUUGACGAAAACCGAGGCGGCAAUUCAUCACGGGAUCGCUGAUAUCGAGAGUUUCUAUGAUUCAUCGCUCCUGCAGAAAUUUUACAUGAAGAAUCUCCAGGCAAAAGUACAUUUCGAAUCGAUCUCUCAAGCGCGGAGGAACAUCGUGACACCGUCUUCCUCGAUGGAAGAUCAAUAUUGA